AUGACUACCAGGAAUUUUCAAUGGUUCAAGAAGAGCUUAAAUCACUUGAAGCACACUUAUAUCUACUAUGAUUUGAAAACAACAGAUGAAAUCCAAAGAAAACCUGGCUUAUACUCUCAAAUCUUCUGCAUACCUAACAAAUAUUUGGCCGCAACAUUCUUGCUGCUUGACAUACCAGGUGAAGAAAUCGUCGUUAAAGUUUUUGACCCUGGUUACUACUUUAUUUCGAAUUGGAGUUAUAAAUAUCAGUACGAUGAUGUUCGUUACAAUAUUCAACAAUAUUUUGAGAAUGAUAUCGAACACUACCAAAAGGUAAACGACUUUAACCAAAGUCAUAGGUGCAAAAUCGACACACUUUCGAGUUUCAAUGCAGGGUUUUGUUCUUUCUGGAAAGAUCAGUCAAAACCAAAAGAUUCAAACAACUAUAUUGCAUCAGGUUUGACUAUAUUCAUGCCAAAGUUGACAAAGAAGCCGAAGACACAAGAGGAUUAUUUAAAGGGUUUAAAGGGAUUGAUCACCAUGGAGAACGCUGGUUUAGCCGAAUUUGCUGUCAACUACGAAAAUAUGUUUAUGGAUAGGGGAAAGUUUAUAUUUUCCAACUAUAGUUCACCUACAGAGGAAAGUGAUGACACGCCAGAAGUUGAAAGUUUCCAAUCUCAGCGGAUCAAAGAGUUUUCCGAGGUGUGGCAUAAUAAGGACCCUGAGUAUCUGUAUAUUAUUGCUAAAGAAAGUGUAAACCGUUUCGAAGAAGAAACUCAAAGAGAAAUCACACUUGAUAAUGAUGUCCAAAAUCCCAACAGUAUGAGGAAUAAAAGGUCAUCGUAAUUAUAAUUAAGUAUAGUUUACUAUUUCCCUGGAUAGUAGAUAAAAUAUUCACUUCUUUUGUGAACGGGGACAGUAAGGACUCUAGGACUGUUGUAUAGUAGUAGAAUAGGGGAAUAAGAAGAUGGAACCGAGAUCCACAUUAGACAGGCGCGUGAUUAAACAAGAAAGCAUUGUCCUGUGAAUCACUAAUCGUCUGACUUAGCAUUGGUGGACCCAUAGGCACUGUCAAAUUCUUCUUCCACAAUCUCGACCGGAACGGGUCUUUGCAAAGCCCUAAAUGGUUUUUUGGUGAUUUUGCAAUACACCCAAAUCGCACCCACUCGGGCGACAACACACACUAAUGCAAUUAAAAUCCCACCAAAUGGGGCAAUUUCAAACGCCCCAAAGGCACCCCAGUCUUCAGGAUCAUAUAAUCCGUUCCAAAUCAAUAACAACUUCCCCCCUUCUUUGGCGGUUCCAUAAUAGACGGUUCCAAAGAUAAAAAUUGCAACCAAAGCUCCUAAUCCUCCAACCAUCACAUCCACUCCCGUCAAAAACCAAAAGAACCGGUCACUCAAACCUAAGAAUAUGAUUGGGAUGAUAGAGCUCGAAAUCAAGUCAGCAAUCAAAUAAAUCUGUAAGAUAUUAUCUGCCACUUUGACGGCCAACACCACAAUCGGUACAAUCAUUAUCACCACCAUUGCUCUAGCCCAGAUGGUCUUAAACCUGUUUCUAAAGAUAUCAUUGGAGAUGGUUGACACAAAGGCAGACUGCAAAGAGUCAAAAGUACAAGUGCAAAUGGUGAUGGUGAAUAUCAAAACAAACGCGAUGAUCCACCCAGGCAUCUUGGCAAGAAGAAUGAAAAAGGCCAUAGACCCGUUCUCAUCCCCCACCGUCAAAUCGCCCGACCACACGGCCAAAAACCCUGGCACUCCGACCAAGGUACAAAUUACCAUCACUAUCACAGCCGAAAUUGAUGUACCAAUAGCCAAACCUUUAUCGAACUUACUGACAAAAGUUCUCAACCAAAACGAGUUCAAGAAGAAGGCAUUUGAACCAACAGCCACAAAGAAUACAUAGUUCAACCCCCAGCCUAACUUUUUGUCCUGAAGCAAGUGUCAAGUACAGACGGACAGUGAAUUAGAGUAGUAAUUUGCUAAAAUUGUUUGGACAGAAAGAUAGAGUGAUACUAUAAAAGUGGUCUGAAACAAGACACUUUGUAGUGGAGAACAGGAAGACAGAACUGAUACUCUUGACGAGGCAGCAUGUGUGUGGUAGUGUGGGGUCCAAACAGGUCACGACAGAAUAUGGCAAUUUUAUCACUAUGACAAUAGCAUCACUAGGGGUUCAAUAAACUAAUUCAGUUAACCAAUGCCUAUCCGGC